AUGUAUUUUCAAUUCUACAUUCUAGUUUCCUUAGUGUCGUCUCUGUCUCUAGUCUUGGCAGGGACGCCCAUCCCUAACAUUUCACCAUUCUUGGUUAAUGGUGUACUUGAUGGCCCUGGAAGCGUUAAUGCAUCCGACUAUAAUUCCGGAGGCACGAACUCUGUCAAUGGCUUCACAGUGACCAUUCCCAAGAACUUGAUUGUACAGUUCCCAGCAGCAUGGGUUUCCUUUCCUAAGUUGGCUGCUGCAGGUCUGAGUGGCUACGAAGUCUCUGUUGCUGGAAAAGUAGUCAACGGAAAGGUAAUUGCUGGACAAAUCCAACUUUCACAACUUUUUCUGAAGUUCGGACAAGGCUACAUCUCGGCCGUGGACACCGCAGCUGGCACCUUGUCGAUUCUCGGAGGCCUAAUAGUCCGGAUCAAUAAUCCUAACAGCGUCUGCUCAAAGGGCACUACUGGCAACGAGCUCUUUACUGCCGAUGACGAGAACCCAAGCAUCACUGCCUUUUCCAGAUUUCCUAUAUGCAUUCCUCGGUCUGGCGACGAUCCGAAAUAUCCUUCCUCAAAUCGCCCUGCUGGACAGUUGAGCUUUGAGGCCCCUAAUCCUCUCGUCAUAGCCCCUUUUAUUGUUGGCGACUUCCUUAAGUUUGGUGGUAUCAAACUUCCAAAUAGCAAGAUGCUCGUGUACAGCAUUAUUGCGCCCAACGUCCAGAUCACCACGAAAGCCUCAGCUACCGUGCCAAAUUAUAUUAGAGCUGAAGACGCCCUCAUUGCUGUUUUUGAUAACAAGCCUGCCGCAGAAUUCGCGGACACUAGAUUCAUCGGCUACCUAUCUGACUUCACGUCCUCUGGCGUCUCUGUUACCAUCAACGCAAUCGAUGUUGAUCCAUGCACUGGCGAUAUCACCGAAAGAGUCAUUGGAAACGCAAUUCCAAAAGCUGGUGACCUUCGGGGCAAAUGGAUCUUCCGCGCAGACUCGACGACUUUAUCCAGGUAUACAAGGGAGCACCGCAAUGGAAUCGUCGCUAGCCAAUUCGUGCAGCCAAUCACGGCAUGGGUCUUCCCAGAACCGAAUGUGCCUGGUGUCGAACAACCGCCCUUUGACUUCAAUGGAAUCAACGACGAUGGAAAUUAUUAUGGACAGUUGAGCCCAUUCCCUGGUCCCGCACCACCAGCUGCCAUCCCGUCGACGUGCACCACAAACCCAACUCCCGUCGCAACUCCUAUUGCCAAAGUCAACACAGUUGCAGACGUCCGCAAAGGCGCUCUCGUCACCCUGGUCGGCUCCAACACCGAAGCCAGCCUCACUAACGCCGACCUCAACUUUGCCUGGACCCAGAUCGCCGGCUCGCCUACAGUCACUCUCACAGGGUCUGAUAAACCCUCGGCUUCCUUUACCACGCCCGCUGUCACCACCAUUACAACCUUCACCUUCUCCCUCAAAAUCUCGCUCAAAUCUAGCCCCAGCGUAUCCAGCACGGACACCGUGACAUUCAGAGUAGAUCCGAAAAAGCUCGACGUCGUGGUCAUUGAUACGUACACGUGGGCGAGCACCCAAAGGGGUACGAUUGCGGUGACGCUGCAUUCGAAUGUUGUGGAUGGGAGCAAUACGGCCAUGACGCUCAUCUUGGGCGGGACGACGCAGCUGGUUAUUGCGAGGAGUACGAAGAAGCCGACUAGUGUGCAGGCGAGGAGUAAUAUUGGGGGGUUGAGUGCAGUUGUGACUACUACGACGUCGAAAAAGAGGUCGGUGGUGGAGAGGAGGGCGGAGAUAUUGGUGGGGAUAUCGGAUGCUCAUCAAUGA